AUAAUAAUGAAUGAGGGAAGGAAACGAAGAUAUUUUACGAAAACAAGGCUUAGUUAGAUUUGUGUAAGCUUGUAUCACUUAGUAUGUCCUGUAUUUGUCAAAGUUAUUACGGUAAACAAACGAGAAAGAGAAGGAAAAUAGAUGCCUGGUAACAUUAGGACAACAGUUCGUCACUCAGGGUUCUACAACAAAUUAAUGAAGACUGUCACAAACUCUAGAAAUGACAUUAUCAGAGAAUACAAGUAAUGAUGUUAAUAUAAUCUUUAAAAAGUCUGAAGAUAGACAUAUUAGUUGAAACUUAAAAGAUAAAGUUAAUUGGUUGGUAUAUAUCUGAACCAGUACAUGCAUCUUGAAGUGAUUCUGAUUACAAGAAAAUUAUCCAUUUUGAAAAAUGACUUUAUCCGAAGAAUGCACUUUGACAGCGUUUUAUCUGAACAUUUUUACUGGACAAUCUACAAUCCAUUGUCAGAGAUAAUAAACUAAUGUCAGUGGGAAAUUUUGAAUUGAAGUCCUUGUGGAUAUUAUGUCUCUUAGACAGCCACUCCAACAAUUUUGAAUAUUAGGAAAUGAGUUUUAUUUGUAUUUUAUGAAGAAUGGAUGAUACUAUGGAAAAGAAAUUGUCUAUAAGUCAUGUUUCUGGUGAAGUACAAUCUGAUAAUGGAGAUUUAUCACAUCAAACACAUGUAGACAUAGAGAAGCAAUCAUAUACGUGUGACGUUUGUGGAAAAAUAUUCUCCAAGAAUUGUGUUUUAACUUCUCACAAAUGCAUUCACACAGGUGAGAAACUAUACCACUGUGAUAUCUGUGGUAAAAAAUUCUCACACAAAAGAACAUUAAUUUAUCAUAACCAUAUUCACACAGGUGAGAAACCAUACCAUUGUGAUAUUUGUGGUAGAGCAUUUCCACAUAUGAGAACAUUAACUUCUCACAAACAUAUUCACACAGGAAAGAAACCAUACCACUGUGACAUUUGUGGUAAAACAUUUUCUGAAAGUGGAACGCUAACUCGUCAUAAACGUAUUCACACUGGAGAGAAACCAUAUCUCUGUGACACCUGUGGCAAAGCAUUUACUCGCAGUGUACAUUUGACUCGUCACAAACGCACUCAUACAGGUGAAGAACCAUACCACUGUGAUAUUUGUGGUAAAACCUUUUCGCAAAGUAGUACAUUAACUUCUCACGUACGUAUACAUACUGGUGAGAAGCCAUAUCACUGUGAUAUCUGUGGUAAGACGUUUUCCAAGAACUGUAAUGUAACUCGUCAUAAACAUAUUCAUACAGGUGAAAAACCUUACCAUUGUGAUAUUUGUGGCAAAGCAUUUUCUCUCAGGUGUAACUUAACUUAUCAUAAACAUACACACACUGGUGAGAAACCAUACCAUUGCAAUGUCUGUGAUAAAACAUUCUCACAUAUGUGUAAAUUAACUUACCAUAAAUAUAUUCACACAGGUGAGAGACCUUACCACUGUGAUAUCUGUGGUAAAACAUUUUCUCAGAGUACAUAUUUGAAUUAUCAUAAACAAACUCACACUGGUGAGAAACCAUAUCAUUGUGAUGUCUGUGGUAAAAAAUUCACAAAGAGUAGUUCAUUAACAUCUCAUAUACGUAUUCACACAGGUGAAAAACCAUUCUCUUGUGAUAUUUGUGGUAAAACGUUUGCUGAAAGAGGAACAUUAAAUCGCCACAAACAUAUCCACACUGGUGAAAAACCAUAUCAUUGUGAUAUCUGCGGUAAAACGUUUACUCAUAAAGCAACUUUGACUCAUCAUAAAUCCACUCACACAGGUGAGAAACCAUAUCAUUGUAACAUUUGUGGUAAAGCUUUCACACAGAGUAGUGCAUUAUCUUCUCAUAAACGAAUUCACACUGGCGAGAAACCAUUUCACUGUGAUGUUUGUGAUAAAACAUUUUCUCACAAGAGUAAUUUAAUAGGUCAUCAGCUUAAGUCACACAAGUAAGAAGCCAUAACAACAACAUCGCAAGUAAAACAUUCCCUGCAAACAUUAUCUAAACUUCUUAUUGACAUACACAAUUAAAAUGAUACCUCUGUGGUAUUUGUAACAAAAUAUUUUCACAUGAAAGUAAAUUAAGUUCUUGUAAAUGUAUUCACGCAGAUGAGAAGUCAUCCUGUUGAAACACUCCUAUACAGGGAAAAAAUUAAUAAUUCCAUGUUCAACGCACAGGAGAGUAAUAUGGUGUUAUGUAUAGGAAAUUUUCCCUUGUUUUGUGUUGUAGCAAGACAUCACUUUUUCUCUCUGUUAAUACAUUAAUCAAAAUUCCUUUAACUCUUUGGUUUUUAAACUGGCCAUAUAAGGCCCUAAGAUUCUACCUCUUUUAUGUUCAAACUAGCCUGAUCCAGCUUCUCACAUCUAAAUAAAUAAUCACAUCAUCAAUAUCUCAAAGCUAUAAGAUGACGUAUGAUUAAUUUUUUAAAAUGUGAAUAAAUAAUUAUUACAUUUGACAGAGUAAUCUGAAUGUUGAAGAGUUAAUGCUCUCAUUAGUUAUUUAAAUAAGCAACUUCCAUCAUGUUAAACUUAUGAGAAAAAUUUCAUCAUAUGCAAUAAACCAAAUGAGUUCAAUUUC